UAUCGCUCUCGCGUCGAUCAAUAUGGGACCAAAGCCGACUGGCCCCGUGAGCCACUCUACCAAGUCGGCGAGACCGUCUACCUCCAGAUCGCUGGACGCCAGCAGCCCGCCGGCCCCUACGUGAUCGUCUCCAACGACUUUGAGAAUGCCACGUACCAGCUCCAGCGAUUGGAUAAUGGCCAGAGGCAUCCGGUGGCGGUACCCGAGACCAGUCUGAGGGUGCCAAGCUCUUGA